AUGACUAGGACAGCUUUCCUGAAGCUGAGUAAUACUCUGAAUCCUGAUAUGCAAAGGGAUGAUUCUGUCCCAGAGGAUAAUAUUUGGAGGGGUAUCCUCUCUGUGAUUUUCUUCUUUCUAAUCAUCAGUGUUCUAGCUUUUCCUAAUGGACCCUUCACCCGUCCCCACCCUGCAAUAUGGAGAAUGGUUUUUGGUCUCAGUGUGCUCUAUUUUCUGUUCCUGGUGUUCGUGCUCUUCCUUAACUUUGAGCAGGUAAAAGCAGUGAUGUACUGGCUGGAUCCUAAUCUUCGAUAUGCCACAAGGGAAGCAGAUAUUAUGGAGUAUGCUGUGAACUGUCACGUUAUCACCUGGGAGAGAAUCCUCAGCCACUUUGAUAUAUUUGCUUUUGGGCAUUUCUGGGGCUGGGCUAUGAAGGCUUUGCUGAUCCGCAGCUAUGGGCUGUGCUGGACUAUUAGCAUUACCUGGGAGCUCACUGAGCUCUUCUUCAUGCACCUUCUGCCUAAUUUUGCUGAAUGCUGGUGGGAUCAAGUCAUUUUGGACAUCCUGCUUUGUAACGGGGGUGGCAUCUGGUUGGGCAUGGUAGUUUGUCGUUUCUUGGAGAUGAGGACCUAUCACUGGGCAAGCUUCAAGGACAUUCACACAACCACGGGGAAAAUCAAAAGAGCUGUAUUACAGUUCACCCCAGCCAGCUGGACCUAUGUCCGCUGGUUUGACCCCAAGUCUUCAUUUCAAAGAGUGGCUGGAGUCUACCUUUUCAUGAUCAUUUGGCAGCUGACUGAGUUGAACACAUUCUUUCUGAAACAUAUCUUUGUGUUCCAAGCAAGCCACCCCUUAAGCUGGGGGAGAAUUCUCUUCAUAGGAAUCAUUACAGCACCCACUGUAAGGCAAUACUAUGCAUACCUCACAGAUACACAGUGCAAGAGGGUGGGAACUCAGUGCUGGGUGUUUGGGGUUAUUGCUUUCCUCGAAGCUAUUGUGUGCAUAAAGUUCGGACAGGAUCUUUUUUCCAAAACACAAAUACUGUAUGUUGUGUUUUGGCUUCUUUGUGUGGCCUUCACAACUUUCCUGUGUUUAUAUGGUAUGGUUUGGUACGCAGAAUACUACGGCUACCGAGAAAAGACCUUAUCAGAAAGUGAAGACAGCCCAUACAGUCCAGAUGCUUCCUGGCUUCAUUCUAAAUUUAGUAGAGGUGCUGACAAUAGUCCACCAAAACAUUCAGUCAAUAGUGAAAGCCAUUCAUCUAGAAGAAGGAAUCGGCACUCCAAAUCAAAAGUAACAAAUGGAAUCGGCAAGAAAUAAGAAUGGUUUCUGAAGAUAUCCUACAGUGUGACCAGAGGUGACAAAGAAAAUCGGACCUGGCUCUGAAUUUCCAAAUGGAAGAUUGAUUUUUAAAUUUAAAAGUUAAUAAAAGGAGGUGUUGAAGAAAAGGAUGAUCAAGAUAGAGCCACCAGUGUAGUGCAAAUCAUUGCCUGCUGACACUUGCAAUUCACUGAUUUAAACCUAGUUUCUUCAGCAUGUGGCACCAAAAGCUAAUGAAGAGGAUACUGGAAAGAAAGUAAUUUUGUCAUAACAGGUCCACCCUGUUUUGUGU